UUUAAAGAUUCAUGAGAUCCCUUACGAAACAGAGGACAGUCUAAGCCAGGGAAAGUGUUUCUGUGUCAGAGAGAGCGAUGCACCAGUAUGGGCGUGGCUGUUGGUGGAAGUCAGAGCCUGAGCUGAGGCAGAUUUUGGUUCCCCAGUUAUUACCUGGGCUGUAAAAGACUGUGUGGGUGAGUGUGGCAGGUGGGGGACCUCCACCUGCUGAAUGAACCCUGUUAGCAUCGGGCAGUACCAUGGGCUACGAGUGGGCUCAGCCCUGUUUGGCAUUGUUGCCGGCUGCAUCAUCAUCGGGGUGUCCAGGGAAUGUGAUGCUGAUGCUGUAGGAGGAAUUUUCCUGGGAGCCGGAGGCCUCGGCUUGCUCAUUUCAAUCUACCCCUUCAUAAAAGCUUGGCUGAAUAUCAACAACAUCCUGCCAUCUUUUGGAAACUUCAGAGUUCACCCCACUGUGGCUAAUGCUGAUCAACCAGCUGAGACACUGAGACGAGAGGGCACUCAGAGUCAACUCCAACUGGAGCGCUCAAAGAGUCGAAUGGGAACCUUCGUGGAGGGAGGACCAGCUGCUGAGCCCAAUCCAGAGGAGGGUUCUGUCACACACUGACACCUACCACAUAGCCUUCAUUGCCAGCAUGACUCAUGCGUUGGUCUGUUGCAGGACUUCUUCAGACAUGCCAGAUGUCUUAUCGAGACAGAAAAUGAAACAGUCACCCACUGCUCAAGACCUUCCGUGAUGUCAUCGUGUCACAUGACUCCACCAUCAACUCUCCCCGGCAGCAGUAUUCUUUGUACAACUAUUGUUAAAGCUUAACUGCAGAUUACUGUUCCCUCUUUUUAUAUAAAUUAUGUGGUCUAAUAAACCUACCCAAACUAAAUCCAUAAUAUAUAUAUAUAUUUUAGAUUUGUUAAAGUUAAAUUUUGAAACCAGCGAUGGAGGUGAAGCUCAUUUAGAGGGGCUUGUGUGAUAUUAAGAGUAGAAUUAAAUUGAAGGUUAGUUCCUCAUGAAGGCAAAGCAGAUUUGUGUUUUGCCACAAACAGUGACAUGUAUUAUGUUCACACGGUGACCUGCUCCCCACCGUGCAACAUAAUGAACAUAUUCAGGACGGCGCAGGGAGAACAGCUGUUGCUUGGAAGGUGGUGAUGGUAGGAAGGCUGCAGUCUCACAAUAAAAUGUAACGUGCUGUGAGGAUGAAUGAUGCAGAGUCGUGCUGAUAAAGCUUAACCAACAGGUACCUGAGGACUCAGCAGUGCCUUAAUGGCUGCCAGCAGCUUUAUUGUCAGACUUCAAACAGAAAUGCCUCACCAUACAAUCCUUCUGCGUCACCGAGGGCAACCAUGAAUGUGCAUGUGAAGAAAAUUACAGUAUUCAGUGCUUUGUUCAAUCAAUUGAAAAGCAUGUCAGUGUAGUAUUGUAUGGUGAUUACUAAAGUACACCGAAACACACCCCUUGAAGUACAAAGCAUUUAAUCAGGUUAAAGUAACUUUUCUUUGUUUUAUUUUUUUCAUUGUAAUUUUACUUUCAGUAAUUUGAGAUUGUCUGGACUAAAGCAUACCUUUAGGUUUAUAUAAAAAUUGAAUUAGUUAUUAAUAAAUUUGAUUUAACUCCACAUCAUGUUCAAUCCUUUUUCUGUGUAUGACAUUCAUAUGAAACAUCUCUUGAUAAUCAUUGGGAUUCUCCAAGUGAUUAACCUCUGAUUGAAGCUAGCCUGUACUGAUGCUCUUGCAAUAAAUACUUU